AUGACGUCCUGGCAGCCGUCGCCCGAGUCCCUGGGCCAGCUGGCGACCUUCCUCAAGGACUCGCUCAGCGGCUUCGACAAGACCGCGCAGAAACAUGCCGAGCUGAUGCUCAAGCAGGCAAAGCAAUCCCCCGACUUCAACAACUACCUCGCCUACGUCCUCUCCAGUCCCCAGCCGCCCGAGGGCAUCACCUACAAUGAGCAGGAGUACCACUUGGUCCGGUCCGCGGCCGGCAUCAUGCUGAAGAACAAUGUCAAGUCAGAUUGGAAACAGAUUCCCGAGUCAAGUCUGCAGCUCAUCAAAAUGGCCGUGCCCAUGGCGCUGCAGGACAAAAACUCGCAGAUCCGCAACUUCUCGGGCAACGUCGCGACCGAGAUUGUGCACCGCGGCGGCUUGGCGGCCUGGCCCGAGCUGCUGCCCCAGCUGAUGGACCUGAUCAGCAACUCGAACGGGCAGGCGAGCGAUGAGGCCCAGGAGGGUGCCAUGUCGGCCAUGGCCAAGAUCUGCGAAGAUAAUGUUGGGAUGUUGACCAAGGAAGUCAACGGACAGAGGCCCCUCAACUUUGUGCUACCGCAGUUCAUCGCCGCCACAAAGAGCCACCUUCCCAAGGUGCGCGCGCUCGCGCUCACGGCCAUCAACGUCUUCACACCUCGGCCCUCGCAGGCCAUGUUGAACUCGAUAGACGACCUACUCCAACACCUGUUCACCCUUGCGACAGACGACAAUUCUGAAGUCCGUCGGCAGGUCUGUCGCGCGUUUGUCAACCUUGUCGAGACUCGAGCGGACAAGCUGCAACCACACGUCGGGGGCUUGGUGGAUUACAUUCUGUCACAACAAAAGUCGGAUGACGAGGAGCUGGCCUGCGAAGCAGCCGAGUUUUGGUUGGCCGUUGGGGAGCACGAGAACCUGUGGGGCGCCCUGGAGCCCUGCCUCAACAAGAUCAUUCCAGUCCUACUGGAGUGCAUGGUGUACAGCGGCGAGGAUAUUGCCCUCCUCGGUGGGCUAUCAGACGACGAAGAUGAGGAGGAUCGCGAAGAGGACAUUAAGCCUGCCUUUGCGCAGAGCAAAAAAGGAAGGAUCGCCAACGAUUCCUCUGCAGACCCUGACAAGACCGGGAACGCGUACGAAAAGCUGGCCGCGAUGGAUGACGACUUGGAGGAAGGCGAGGUCGACGACUACGAGGACGGAGAUGACGGCUCGCCAGACGAGAAGUGGACGGUGCGCAAGUGUUCGGCCGCAGCCCUGGACGUUUUCGCUGGCGACUUCAAGGGCCCUGUCUUUGAGGCGAUCCUACCGUACCUGUCGCAGAACCUCAAGCAUGAAGAGUGGCCGCAACGCGAGGCUUCUGUUCUGGCACUCGGUGCUGUCGCCGAUGGCUGUAUGCCCGCAGUCGUUCCCCAUCUGCCCCAGCUUGUUCCCUACCUCAUCUCACUUCUAGAGGAUCCAGAACCUGUUGUCCGCCAGAUCACGUGUUGGACUUUGGGUCGGUAUUCCGGUUGGGCGGCCAAUCUGGCGGAUCCAGCUCAGAAGGAGGAGUUCUUCGUACCCAUCAUGGAUGGUAUCCUGCGCAAGAUGCUCGAUAAGAACAAGAAGGUUCAGGAGGCCGGCGCUUCGGCUUUUGCGAAUCUGGAAGAGAAGGCCGGGAGUCAGCUGGAGCCCUACUGCGGUCCGAUUGUGCAACAAUUUGUCCUGUGCUUCGGCAAGUACAAGGACCGGAACAUGUACAUUCUUUACGAUUGUGUUCAGACCCUGGCGGAGCGGGUGGGACGUUUCCUUGCCAAGGAAGAGCUCGCCGGUCAGCUCAUGCAGGCUUUGAUCGCGCGGUACAAUGCCGUGUCUGAUCAAUCACGCGAACUCUUCCCGCUCCUAGAGUGUCUGUCGUACGUUGCUCUCGCUCUCGACGACGCAUUCUCGCCCUACGCACCGACAAUAUUCGCGCGAUGCAUCAACAUUAUCCAUUCGACGCUCGAGCAGACCAUGGCUGCAAAUAGCAGCGAGGCCGUGGAUGUGCCAAACAAAGAUUUUCUGAUCACCAGUCUUGACCUCUUGAGUUCCAUCAUCCAGGCCUUGAACAGAGACAAGUCAAGAGAGCUGGUCAGUCAGUCGGGUCAAAACUUCUUUGAGCUGCUGACUCUAUGCAUGGGUGAUCCAAUGGACGACGUACGCCAGUCCGCCUUUGCUCUUCUUGGCGAUUGCGCCAAGUUUGCCUUCCCUCAAUUACAACCACACCUUCCCAACAUGAUCCCCCUGCAAGUCAAGCAGCUGGAGCUGGACCAUAUCAUGGACGAGCAGGUCGAGGCUGGCUUCGGCGUCGUGAACAAUGCGUGCUGGUCGUGCGGCGAGGUCGCCGUGCUGUACGGGAAGGGCAUGUCGCCAUUCAUCCCCGAGCUCAUGCAGCGCCUGGUCGACAUCCUGUCUAACCCGCGGGUGCCCAGGGCUCUGCAGGAGAAUGCUGCCAUUGCGCUCGGGCGUCUGGGUCUCGCCGACCCCGACCUGCUCGCACCACACCUGUCUAUCUUCGCGGACGACCUUCUGGGUGCGAUGAGUGAGAUUGAUCCGUCGGACGAGAAGUCCUCAUCCCUCAGAGGCUUCUCCGCUGCCGUGGCGCAAAACCCGCAAGCCAUGGAGAAGUCGUUGCUGGGUUACUUUGAAGCCAUCGCCCAGUUUGACGAUGCGCAGCUGGAGAGUACCGAAAAGCAGAAACUGCACGAAGUGUUCCAAAACAUCCUCAACUCGUACAAGCAAAUGAUGCCCCAGUUCGGUGACUUUGUGGGGCGACUACACCCACGGGAGCAGCAGGCUCUGCGAACAAAGUACUCGGUAUAG